AUUUCCCACAAUAUCCGGUAAAGACGAUGGCGGCUGUCAAGCACGUUUUCAGUUGAUUUGCAUUUAUAACAGCAAUAGAUAUGGAAUUUCUGUCGAAUGAGAUAACAUUUGGAGACUUUGAUAUUCUAACACAGGAAGAUGAAGUCUACCAAAUAUUAUAUGGUCCUCGUCAGACAGAAGGUGGUAGGGUAGAGUUUCCAUGGGAUUCCAAAGAAAAUUGCAGCUAUAGUGGUUCUGAAGUUACAGAUGAAGGCAAGAUAAAUCAGCAGCAAGAUAUGCGAGACAAAAUUAAUUUUUCUGGUGAAACAUACUUUAACCCGCAGGAUGCCAGUAGUUUGCACAACAAUUUUACUUUUGGCAAUGAUAGCUAUACAGAGUAUACUCUUGAACAAAGUCAAAUGGACGCAGAUGGAAACAACAGUUCAUCAUCAUCAAAGCCUUAUGAGAGAAGAAAUAAAAAAAGAAGGCCACCAGGAUAUUAUGAAAAACUUCAAGAGGAAAUUGAAAAAGAGAGAAUUAGAAAGCUGGAAACUAAUGUGUACACAGAAAAUAUAACUCGUAAUGCAGUUAACUUUGAAGAGACUUCAUAUACUAGUCAAAGUGAUAGAGACACCUUACCAACACAAUAUAUACAGAAAAAUCACACAGAUUAUGCUCAAAAUUAUGCAAGUGUUCCACCAGUUCAGAACAAUUUCCAAACAAAAAUUACUGAAGGUGUGGAAUUGGUAACUGAUGACAUUUCUCGUGUGACUUUGUCUAAUGAUGAUAGUCUUGCACAUUCACACAUGGUCCACACCACACAUGAAAAUUUUUCACACCCAUCAAUGUUUCACACUUCACAGACACCCAUAUAUCCUUCACAAACAUCUUGUCAUCCCCCUCAAACAUCUGUUUAUACACAGAAACAGUGGUUACCAGAUUCUUCACAAGAUACACAGACUGUUAGUCAUAAUACAAACCCCACCUCAUCAGAACACAUAGACUUGUCUUUUACAUCAGUCAAUAAGCCACCAAAAAGCAGCAUUUCUUCAGGAUAUGAAGAUUCAUCACAGGCUUCACAGGAAAUUGUAACGCAGGAUGUGGUUAAUUCAGGUGUAAAUCAAACAAAUAUUUCUGAAGAUGUGGAAACUGAAAGUGAAAAUUUAGUGGACUUUGCCAGUUAUCCCCCUUUACAACCAGCAUCAAACAAUAUUCCAAUAGGUGCUCCAGUUAAUAGACAAGAAAAUGGUGAAAAGAGCUCCGAAAUGUCAAAUGUUGAGGAUAAUUCUUCUGCAAAACAAGAGAAUUCCUCAGGAGAACAGUCUGGCUCAGUUUGGGGAGCAAAACCCAAAUCAUGGGCAAACUUAUUUAAAGGAGAAUCUCCUUCAACAGCAGCAUCUGUGAUAUACAAUGAAAACUAUGUAGAUGUUAAUUAUCCAUCACUUGACCAGGAGAAGGAUACCAAAGAAAAACAAGUAGUCAAUUUGUCUCCUGUUCCAGCCAUUCAUGAUUCUGCAGCAGACAUUCUUGGAGAAUUCUUCUGCCAGAAUAAAAUAAUGCACACUCAAGUUGGUCUUCAGCCACGAGGAUUGAUGAAUAGAGGCAAUUGGUGCUACAUUAAUGCUACUUUACAGGCCUUAAUAUCUUGUCCACCAUUCUACAAUCUAAUGAAGAAAAUCCCAACUUUCCCACCAAUUCGGAGAGGACCGACUUCCACCCCAAUUCUGGAUAGCAUGAUACAGUUUGUUGGAGAGUUUACACCUUGUGCAAGAGCAACAGACAACAAAUACAAGGGUAAAAAGCAACCACCAGAAUUGCCACCAGGACCAAUGUUUGAACCUACUUAUGUAUACAAGAUGCUACAGUUGCUACAAGAUACAGCAACAUUUAAGUUAGGAAGACAAGAAGAUGCAGAGGAAUUCCUGAGUUGUAUAUUAGAUGGGAUGCAUGAAGAAAUGGUUGCAUGUAUGAGAGUACACAAAGGGGAAGCAGAGUAUGAAGCUAAUGGUGUAUUAGAUAACAGUGGUGAUGAAGAUGUUGAUGCUGAUUCAUGGGAACAGGUCGGACCUAAAAAGAAAAGUGUACUAACAAGAAAGAAUGAUUUUGAAGUGAGCCCUCUAGCAGAUAUCUUUGUUGGAUACAUUAGAUCAGCAGUAUUUAAAACUACAUCAAAAGAUUCAGCAACUGUGGAACCAUUCUUCACACUCAAAUUAGACAUUCAGUCUGAAAAAGUAUGCACUGUACGGGAGGCAUUAGAGAGGAUGGUUAGUAAGGAAUCAGUCAGUGGAUUCACAUGCUCCAAAACAAAUGCAGAGAUGGAAAUAACGAAAAAACUUACAAUAGAACAGUUGCCACCUGUUCUGAUCUUACAUUUGAAAUGUUUUGUUUAUGACAAAGAUGGUGGAAGUCAGAAACUCAUUAAAGAUGUUAACUUUACUAUUGAUCUGGAAAUCACAAAAGAUUUACUUUCUCCCAGUGUGAAAAACAAGUACCCUAACUAUUACAGACAAUAUAAAUUGUUUGCAGUUGUAUAUCACCAUGGUAAGAAGGCGACCGGAGGACAUUAUACCACAGCAGUGUUCCAUCCUGCAAUCAACAGAUGGGUGAUCUUUGAUGAUAGCAAUGUUAAAAUUGUUCCAGUAACUACAGUCUUACAGUUUUCUGCCCCUCGUGUUCCAUACCUCUUAUACUACAGAAGACUUGAUUCGCAUUAAAAUUACCUCCAUCAUAGAGAACAGACUAAUGUUAUCUUCAAUAUAAGAGAGUUUGUCUGCAUUUGUAGACCUUCAAUUUUGUGAAGUUACAAAGAUGUGUUUAUCUAUAUGAAAAAUUUGUCGUCAAAUUAUGCAGUCAUUACAAUUUUAGCCUAUGGCUAUAAUAAUAUACAUUAGUCAAUUUAAAAUGAAAAUAUGUAAAAAAUUUGAUCACAAGUUUGUGUAAUUGUAAAGAAUUGACUUGAAAUGUUGAUGUGUGUUUAAGUCUUUGUUGAGUUAUUUAAUUGUUGCAGUUUGUAUUGUAUAUAUGAUAUAUAUAUAGUGUUGAUUAUAUUUUUGUAUGAUUAUUGUGUUAAAAAAGAUCUUCAUUAUUUUUUGUAAACAUUUAAUUGUUUCCUUUAAAAGGUUGUACAGAAAAAAAGUUUUAUUUUGCCCAUCAUGCAAUUCUGGCAAAUUAUCCUUUUUUUCAAAUCCACAUUCUGAUAAAGAUUGGAAUGAGUUGAUUAAAUGAAUUUGAAAAAAUACAAUCAGGUUUUAGAUUUUAUUUUACAAAUUUUACUUACUGGCAUGUUAAGGUUGGUCCAGUAAAAUGAUGUUCAAUGGCAGGCAUAUGUAGCAUGUGAAAGAAAUUCAUUUGAAAUUUUAAGUAAUGUACUAUAAAACAAACAGUCAGUUAAAGUUAGGACCACCUAACUAACAUGAAAUGCCUUCUAACUUCAUCUUCUUUUAUAGAUUCAGUUUCAAUUAGUCAAGUCAGUGGAACAUUUCAAACAUUUUUGUAUAGAACAGUUAUUCAAAGAAGCUGGGUAUGUUUGAAAGUUUCAUUGAAAUAAUAUUGUAAAUGAUGAAAGUUCAAAAGGUGAAGGACCCCAAACUCGAACAAAAACAUUUUUAAACCCUGACAAUUUUUUAGAAAAUGGUCUUUUAAGUUUUUAUUGACCAUGCAGAUGAGAUGAAAUUUGUGUUUGACAACAGCUUUUUUCUUGGUUAUUCACAAAGUAGUAAAUAGAAUACUAUAAGAAUCACAGAUUUGUGUGUUAUGUUUUGAUUUUGCUAUUCGUAAUGUAUAGUUUGUGAUUUGCACGUGAUAGUCAUACAAAUGCAUUUUCACAUUUAAGAUCCUGUUUUAUUGUUAAUUGUUGACUGAUUAUGUGAAUUAUGUAUUUCCACAUCAUUAUCUAAUCAUAUUUAUUUUAGUUCCAAAUUGGUGAAAACAAAUAGGACAUUUUAGGUAGAUAGUAGUCUGUCCUUCAAAAGGAAUGACAGUUGUAUGGUAUUCAUUUUAAUAAGCAGAUGAAAAUGUGAAAUUGUUUUUGUUUGAGGUAAAUAUUUUGCUCUCUGUAGUUAAUAUAUUUCUAUUGCUCUUUAUCCUUUUUGUUUCUGUUUUGUACAGUAAGUGCUAUUUAUAUGUGUUAAUUAAGAAUUUCCACUGUUUCAUUAUUUAUGUCUAAUCUUAGCUAUGUGAUCUUUAAAAGAAGCAAAAUGCUUUUGACUUCUGUAAAUUCUUUCUUGAAAUUAACCACAUCUUCCAAUUUCAACAGAAAAAAAAAAUUCCAAUUAAAUAUACUUGCUUUGCUUUAAACAUGCUUGUUAUGUACAAGUGCUUUCCUGAAAGGCCUUUAGAAUUUGUUUGUAUCAUGAAAGUAUAUUAAAUGUAUAACAUGAAUGAUGAAUGAAGUCAAACAUUUUUGCAAGGUAAUCAUUUCAUUAUCAAGCACAUGGUAACCAAACAGAUAAGGAAUUAAGUUUGAAUGUAACAUCACAACUUCUGUAAAUUCAGAUCUAUUUGACAAACCUUGAAAACAGUAUCAAGUUUGUUGGUUGCAAUAUGUCAACUUGAUUGAAUUAAAAUAAGAUUGACCUCAUUUUAGAAACUAGUUUAAAAUAAUCAUAUGUAUGGUUUCUGUUGUUAUAUGAAAUAGUUAAAACUCUACUUGGUUUGUAUAGGUCAAUGUUAAAUGCAUAUUAUAACUUAAGAAAGACACUUUAAGUGACUGCAAAGUUCCAUAUUAUACACAAUCCUUUCACAUGUGCAGUAUGAUAGUGUUUAUGUAUCUGAGCUAGUUUGUCUAUCCCCUCUGACCUUAUUUACAAAAAAUAGAUUUACUUUUACACUUUUGAUUCCUAUAAACAGAAAAUGGGGAAAAUAAGCAUUUGUAAAUAAAUCCAUUUUGAAAUUGAAUUGAGAAUUUCAUAAAUGCAAUAAGCAGAAAAUGUUGAGAAUUUUGUUCUGUAUUAUAUGUUACAGGAUGUUGUGAGAAUGUCUGUGGAAGCAGAGCUUGUUAUGGUCUGUCUUGGUCUUUAUAAUUCUUUUCUGAUCCAAUACAGGAACAAUACCACUGACCAUACUUUUUAUUUUUCUCUUUGUAAUUUGUAAACAAAUUUUGUGUAUUUAAUCAUAUUAAGUGAUCUGUUGUUAAUCUGAAAAUUAAAGAAACUGUAUACAUACAUCAUUUUAUGGCACAUGCGACAUAAAUAAAAAUGAAAAACUUAAUCAGUUUAAAAUAUAAAUAAUAAGAUUGAUAUGGUUUUUGUCAGGGUUGUUUAAAGAAUUUUAAUCUUUGGUGAAAGCUAUGGUUUAUUUAUAAAGAAUCAGAUUUCAAUCAACAAAUUCUUCCUUGUUCAAAUUUUAAUCAAUUUAGUCCUUUCAGGAUAUAAAUAGUUUUACUUAAUCAGGUCAUAAACAAUGUUUUAUUAUAAAAUGUUCAUAAUUAUGGAAAGGUAGAAAAUAAAAUGUAUGUACAAUGAAUUUAUGAAUGAAUUUUUUCUGAAAGAAAUUAAUAUAUGUAAUGUAUACAAGUUUUGAUUUAGGGUCAUCAUAAACUCAUUUUCAAGAAAUGUGGGGUUUUUAAACCAUCAUAUGCAUAGAUUUGAGGAAAUUAUUCUUUUAUUUUUACAGAUAAGAAUUAUGGAGCUGGACAGUACCAGUGUGAUGUGCAUCUAUCUUAUAAUUAUUAAUAAUAAAAUGCAUUGAAUUCA